AUGCCGCCCAAGUCAGACUGGGAGAAGUACUCCAAACCAGACGAGGACAACAAGGAUGACGACAAGAUCGUUGCCCUCGAUGAAGGCGAUAUUCAGAUCCUAAAGACGUACGGCCAAGGGCCAUACGCGGCCUCGCUCAAGAAGAUCGAAUCAGAGAUCAAAGACGUCCAGCAGCGCAUCAAUGACAAGAUGGGCAUCAAAGAGUCAGACACGGGGCUCGCACCGCGCAAUUUGUGGGACCUGGCAGCGGAUAGGCAGAGAAUGAGCGAGGAGAAGACAUUGCAGGUGGCCAGGUGCACAAAGAUCAUCAAGAGGGAUGACGAGGCAGCUGCCAGGGCAAGAGGAGAGACCGGAGGCGUUGCUGGGGCUUUGGGUGCUGGUGGGCAACAAGAGAACCCUUUCCGGGGACCAGAUGCUAGACUCAGCGCCGACGAGGAGGACAAGUACGUCAUCAACAUCAAGCAGAUUGCCAAGUUCGUCGUAGGGUUGGGAGAGAGGGUGGCGCCAACCGACAUCGAAGAGGGGAUGAGGGUUGGAGUAGACCGAAACCGCUACCAGAUCCAGAUCCCUCUCCCGCCAAAGAUUGACCCCUCCGUUACCAUGAUGCAAGUCGAAGAGAAGCCCGAUGUGACCUACAGCGACGUCGGAGGAUGCAAAGAGCAGAUCGAGAAGCUGCGCGAGGUGGUCGAGACUCCGCUUCUCAAUCCCGAGAAGUUCGUCCAACUAGGCAUCGACCCGCCCAAAGGUGUUCUCCUCUUCGGUCCACCGGGGACAGGAAAGACCCUCUGUGCUCGUGCCGUUGCCAAUCGCACGGACGCAACCUUCAUCCGUGUCAUUGGAUCAGAACUGGUUCAAAAGUAUGUGGGAGAGGGAGCAAGAAUGGUCAGGGAGUUGUUCGAGAUGGCCAGAACCAAGAAGGCUUGCAUCAUCUUCUUUGACGAGGUCGACGCUAUUGGUGGGGCGAGGUUCGACGAUGGUGCAGGAGGUGAUAAUGAGGUGCAGAGGACCAUGUUGGAGCUCAUCAACCAGCUCGACGGCUUCGACCCGAGAGGAAACAUCAAGGUCUUGAUGGCAACCAAUCGUCCCGACACCCUCGAUCCCGCUCUCCUCCGUCCAGGUCGUCUUGACCGCCGAGUCGAAUUCGGCCUCCCUGACAACGAUGGCCGAGCGCACAUCCUCCGCAUUCACGCCCGCUCCAUGUCCGUCGAGCGUGACAUCCGCUACGAGCUCGUUGCUCGUCUCUGUCCCAACGCCACUGGUGCCGAACUGCGCAGUGUGGCCACCGAGGCUGGCAUGUUCGCCAUCAGGAGAAGGAGCAAGCUCUGCACUGAGAAAGACUUCUUGCAGGCGGUGGAUAAGGUCAUCAAAGCGGGGAGCAAGUGGAGCUCCACGAGCUUGUACGCGCAGUACAAUUGA